UUUUUAUCCCACCAUUCAGCGAAAAAGUGAACGAGUAAUCAAAUAGAAAUGCUAUCGUUUCACUCAUGUGGAUGUUGCCGCGUUUCCGCUUCCCGAGCAUUCCAAUUUCAAUUUCAAACCGCACCUUCUCCUUCACUCUUUCUCUCAGCUACGAGCUAUAAAUUUCGUUCUGCCACCGCGAGCGCCGCUUCUGGUUCCGCCGGCGACUCAGACUCCGAUGGAGAGCCAAAAUUGAACUUCUCGGGUGUGCGGUUGGAGGAGGCAGUCGAUAGCAGAAUCGGAUCUGGAAAACUCAGACUCGACAACUGGAUCUCUUCCCGCAUCAAUGGCAUUAGCAGGGCACGAGUUCAAUCAAGUAUCAAAUCAGGACUCGUUCAUGUCAAUGGCCGUGUCGUUGAUAAGGUUUCUUUCAAUGUCAAAUCUGGGGAUGAGAUCAAGUGCACAAUCGCAGAAUUGCAGAAUUUGAGGGCCGUGCCACAAAAUAUACCUUUGGAUAUCGUUUAUGAAGAUGAGCAUGUUCUAGUCAUAAAUAAACCUGCACACAUGGUUGUGCAUCCGGCACCUGGCAAUACAUCUGGAACGCUUGUCAAUGGCAUUCUUCACCAUUGCAACCUUCCAAAUGUUGAAUUUUCUAAAGACGAAGCUCUUUCAGAUACAGAAGAUUCUGAUGAUGAGUUCAAUAGUUAUAUCUCCCUGGCAAGUUCUUGUGAGGGGUUAAAUUCUAGACUGUCUGUGGCAUCAAAUUCAAUUCGCCCAGGGAUUGUACACAGAUUGGACAAAGGCACGAGUGGGUUACUUGUUGUUGCAAAGGAUGAACAUUCACACAUGAAAUUGUCAGAGCAAUUCAAGCAACGAACCAUUAAGAGGCUUUAUGUCAGUCUUACUGCUGGGGUACCCACUCCAGUUGCUGGGCGUGUUGAGGUUCCAGUUGGCCGUGAUACUAAUAACCGGAUUCGUAUGACUGCUGUAACUGGACCAGUUAAUUCUAAAAAGGCCCGUUAUGCUGCUAGUAGGUACAAAGUAAUUGAGAUACUUGCUGGGGGGAGUUGUUCAUUGGUUGAGUGGAAGUUGGAAACUGGACGCACUCAUCAGAUUCGCGCACAUGCUAAGUAUUUGGGAGUUCCCCUACUGGGUGAUGAGUUGUAUGGAGGGACAAAAAGCAUGGUCUUGUCACUGCUAAGGCCCCGAACUCCCAUCAGUUUGCAUAGCAAAAUCGUAAAAAUGGUUUCUAGGCUAGAUAGGCCUUGCCUUCAUGCUUGGACUCUCGGGUUUCAGCAUCCCCAUACAGGGGAGCAGGUGCAUUUUUCAUGCGAACCCCCUGCAGACUUCGCUGAGAUUUUGAGCCAGCUUCGUAGAAUUGGUAGUGAGACGGUUUCUUUCACAAAGCGUUCAAAUUCAUGACGGGGGCACUAUUUUCAUAUUCAGUAAGCAGCAAAAAAGUUUUAUUUGCAGAGGUGGUUUUUAUUGAAUGAAGCCAAUGUCUCUAAACUUAAUGAAAAUUCCUUUUUCUCCAUCAAGGGUGUUUAUAAUUCAGCUUUGGAAUUGGCCAAAUUCAGCUAGAAGUGAGUUUAAGAUGAACCGUGGUAGGAAAGACUUGCUCACUUCUAUCCCCGUUGACUUUUAAUUUUGUUGUUUGGUUUGACAUUUCAGUUACGUGACCACGAAUGAACUGAGACCAAUCAAAUUUCUUGUUUGUCGGCGCUAGAUUCUCCUUAGUUGGCUUCUAAUGUUAGAUUGUGAGUAAUCUUAACUACUUUCAUGAAUUGCCUAACAUCACUUGUUUUGGGCUUGGAUGGCUUAACAUUUUCAGCCAUUGUCAGUUAUCAAGUUGAAUGGUUGAACUAUGUUGAUUGAUUUGAAAUCAUUAGGUUUCAAUUGAUUGCAAUGGACUAGACUUGACAUUUGUGAUGCAUAAAAAGUCCCUAAUCAUUACAGAGACCAGUACAAAAGCUGACAAGCCUCUCUUUGAGGUUUGGGAACGAUCUAAUAGACUGUCGUUUAACUUUAUGAAACCAACAUUAGUUGAAAAUGUUGGUCAUUCAUGCCCACAACAGAUUAUGUUAAGCAACUCAUGGGAAUGUUUAAGGAGUACUCAUAAUUUGACAUUAUUGCUAAGUUGAUUAUGGGGAAUCUAACAAGUGAGCCGACGAACAAGAAACUUGACUUGCUUAGCCCAUUCAAGAUCAUGUAGUUGAAAUAUCAAAUUUGACAACAAAGUUGAAGUUAAUGAAUAUGGAAGUGAGUCUUUUCUUGUACUAUUCAUCUUAAAUUCUUUUCUUGCUGAAUUUGAUCAGUUUUAGGUGAAUUAUAACACCCUUAAAAAAGAUUGGAACUUAAAGGAAAUUAAGUCAAUGUUAAUGCAAGAAGGAAGAUUAAAAAAGUGAAAGACAACUCUAUUUAUCUCAUGAGGAAUUCAAUAAGAGCAAGUUAGGUAAGGAAGCACAUGGGCAAAUGCUUAAUGAAGGUCAACAAGGUAGAAGUCUGUAAAAGUUAUUUUUCAUUUUAUUCUUGUAUUUAUUGCUCGAAAAGUCUUAUUCAAUGGACAUCUUCAAUAACGAGGCAGAAAGGUAGUUUAGAGAGAAAAGUGAAAGUUGUGAGGUCUUAUAUGGGUGGUUAAUAUUACGGAAGAUUUAACGAGAAUGUACAUAUGUAUACAAUAUAGUAUGCCUUUGUACAUCACAACAAAAUAAUGUAUCUGAAAAGUAGAAUUGCACUCUAUUAUAUAUGGUUAAGUUGAUGUUGAAUUAUAGUAAUGUACCCUUU